AUGAGCCCACGUCUGUCCAACAAAGUUAGUAUUGUGACUGGCUCAUCUUCGGGACUUGGCCGUGCUAUAUCUCUAAGGUAUGCCAGAGAAGGAGCCAAGGUUGUUUGUGCGGAUCUAAGACCCUCCGCUCGCCUGGAAGGCAUAGAAGAAAAUGACAUCAAUACACAUGAUUUAAUCAAGCAGAAUGGAGGAGAUGCGAUAUUCAUCCGCACCGAUGUCGGCGUUGCGCAUGAAAUGGAAGCCCUUGUCAAAGCUGCCAUAACUGAAUAUGGAAGAUUAGAUAUAAUGGUCAACAAUGCUGGCGUUUGUCUAGAAGCUCUGAACCCCCGUGCAAAAUGCCACGAGACCAGCGAAGACUUGUGGGAUACAACCAUGAGAAUAAAUGUGAAAUCAGUCUUUCUAGGCUGCAAAUAUGCUACUGCACAGAUGCUUGCACAAGAGCCUCACCAGUCCGGAGAUCGUGGUUGGAUCAUCAAUAUAUCUUCUAUCAUGGCCUUGAUCGGAGGGCAAUACAACCCAUCUUAUUGCGCGUCCAAGGGAGCUGUCAGUAGUCUGACUCGCCAAGUAGCACUAGACUAUGCUUCAUCCAGAAUUCAUGUUAACGCCAUUUGUCCAGGCUAUACCCAAACCGCAAUUUUCAAGGAGACGACUGAGAGGGGGACUUCUUUAACGGACUUGGAACGAAAACAUCCAUUCAACGGCCCCGGCAUGCCGAGCGAUAUUGCUAACGCUGCUGUCGUCCUAGCAAGUGAAGAUGCGAGCUGGAUUACUGGGAUAUCCCUUCCUGUUGACGGUGGCUACACCGCACGAUAA